AAUAACCGCGUUCGAUACCCGCUAAAAUUUGUCUGCGAAUGUUGUGAUGUUCAUUAAAAGAUAAAGAUAUUUAUUGUGUGUUUCAAAUUAAAAUAUGGUAGAAUAUUCUUUAGGAUAUCGAGAAGUUGUUCCAGAUCAAACUUUACAUACGAAAUGGAAGGAAAUUAUUUUGAGUACGGGUGGAAGUCAAAGCACUUUACAAGAUAUAAAAGUACCAGAAAGAGCUGGCGGUUAUUCAUACAAAAAUGAUUCCAAAUAUUUCACACGUAAUCGUUUUAUUUAUUGGAGAAUUUCCCACGAUGUACUUGAAUUAGUCGAACAGAGUUUGGACGUCAAUCUUGUUAAAAAUAGAGUGAGAUAUAAAUUCACAGGCACUCCUAUCUUAGAUGGUAUUUCUAUCCAUGAAACAGUUAAUUCUGUUAUCAUAUUGGUGGUAACAGUUUCCAGUGUACAUAAACUUUCAUUCUCUCAUCCAGAUAAAAUUCAUAAACAGGAACAAGAACAUCAUGCAGAUGUUAACGUUCAAUCAAUAUUCAGUGAAGCCAGUGCACAAAGUGCACGCGAGUCUAAUACAUUUCAUCAAAUAACUAGUGCUGGAAAUACAAAUGCUCCAGUGUCACAUGCAGCAACAUCUUGGUUAACGUUACAAGAUGAAGCAUUAUUUGCACUUGCUUACAACUCAGGAACAAUAUUACUUGUAAGACUGGACACAGUUACAGGUCUUGUACAUACACAUGAUUUAAAACAAGAUUCCAUAGUGCCAAGAUUUCUAAGCGGUAUAGCUACCGCUUUCAGAGGUCGUAAUUCUGAAGCCAAUGUUGCUAUUUCACUCGUUAUGCAUACUUAUGGAAAUGAUACGUAUUUAUUUGCUUUAUGUCGAGACGGCAAUAUACGUAUGUGGUCUUGCAACAAAAAUCAAUGUAUAGCAGUAACUAAUACUGCUAUUGAUAAUAAUAUUGCUUCUCAAGGAAUUCAAGGCCAUGUGUUAAGAAAAAGUUUGAAUUCUAAUAACGAAUUAUAUUUAGGAACAUUUUUGAAGUUUGGAACAAGUUGUGAAUUUAGUAUUCUUAAGCCUGUUCAAGAAAAUGGUGUAUUUAAAUUUAUCAGGCUAUGUACUUUGUUUGCACCAGAUCAACACCUGGUAGAUUUUUCAUUUACCAAUACACAUUUGUGGGCUGUAUGGAGAACAAAAGACAUGGAUAGCGUUGCUGUAACUCAUGCCCAUUUACCAACAAAUGAAAAGCAUAUCAAUUCUGAAUGGGAAACAGUGAUUUUAGAACAACCACCAGAUAGAGAUUAUAUACUAAGUGAUCCUGGUACAGAUCCUAGACAAGCUUACAUUAGUUACAUUUUUCACCCAGGACAAUUUUCUUUGACGGAUAUUACCAAAGCACUUAGUAUCUAUAGAAAAUCUAAUUUCAUCGCUGAUAUAAGAUUAACACCAGCAGUGUUAAAGGAACGCGUUUGUGUGGCAGUUGAAGCAGAAAUACAAGCAGAAGUUAUGGAUUACGAAUUGACGGAUGAAGAUUAUUUAGAAAUUGCUAAUCGUUGUUGGUCUAAAUUUUAUUCGUGUGUUAUUCAAUAUCAUGCUAAUGGUACUAGACCGGUUGGUUUAUUAUUGUUACCAAAUGUUUUUGGUGUAAUUCUGUUAAAAAAAUCUUCAUUUUCAUUACUAAGACCAAUGGAAGCUUUAGAGCAUUUGAUGCUUUGCAAUGACAAAUCUUAUACGUCUCGUUUUAAAACAACACCUAUUUUAUCGCAAGAUGAAGACAUUUGUCAAGAUUUAAUUUCAUUAAUGGCAAGUUUAGUUAUGUUGGAAGAACAAUUGUCUGAAGAGCUUAAAACUGGAAUAGAAAAAGAAUUGUAUCAUUUGAAAAGUCCAGAUUUAAUUAUUGAUGAUAUGUUAUCAAAAUUAAUGUUGGAACCAGAAGAUCCUUUGUCUAACUACGAUUUUCAAUCAGAACUUUAUCGUAAAUUGGCAAACGUAAAAGACAUUUCUAGCGCAAUGGCUAUGUUGUUAGAAGCAUUGACAUAUGAUUUAGGACAACCAAAUAAAUUGCAAUUAGAAAAUAAAGGACCAAAUGCAUCGAAAAUUUUAUUAAAUGUCAGUCAUCUAUUUGGAAGUCAAUUGGGUAUCUCAGCAAUAUCAGAAAGCAUUGCACAAAUUACCCUACUGAGAUUUUCCAUUUGUAGAAAUUUAUUAAUUUUACAACAAUUUGUACAACUUCGGCCAGAAUUAUUUGAUUCAAGAUCGUUGCAUUCCAUUAAAUCAUCUUUAGCACCAAAAACAGUUGUACUUAUGCAAGCAUAUUACGUUGUCAUGUGGAUAUGCGAAUGUACUGCUACUUAUUCACCUACACAAUCAUUGGUUGAAUCUAGCUCUCAACGUUUAUCAAUAUUAUCACUUGCGGAUUCAAAAACAAAUAUUGGACAGAGACAACUUCGAUCUUUGUCUCUAUUAGAAUUAUUUAUAUGUAGUAUUGGUGCACAACAUGCACACACUUUAAUGGUUAAUGCAAAUAUGGAUCCUUCUUCUUUAAUACCAUGGCAUUAUGGCAUGUUAACACAUAUUACUCUUAUAGCACAACUUAUAUGGCCAAUAUCGGAAAAUUUUAUUUUCCCUGAAUGGUUACUUUCUAGUUGUCAGUUUUUAUUGGUUCAAGAAUACGUUAGACUACUGAACACUUGGUGCGAAUGGAACAGCGCAUCUAGAAAAUUUAUAUUAGCAAUUGCUUUACUAGAAAUGGGAGAGACACAGAAAGCUUGCGAUCAUUUCUUAAGAGCUUCAGGAGGAAUUUUAACCGAUCCCUUCUUAGCUGACAUUUUAUUGAGUUCUAUUGUAACUUCAGAAAAUAAUGCUUUAACUCAAUACUAUCUUAAAGUAAUUAAAUUGUUUGAAGAACACAAUGCAGCAGAUUGUAUAAUUGAACUCACUGAAACAGCCAUUUCAGUAUCUGAUAAAAAUGAUCCUAAUUUGCCAACACUUCAUUCUAUAUUAUUUAUACAACAUCUUAAAUUGGGUCAUCACACUGAAGCUUAUCACUGUUUAAAUUCUAAUCCUGAUGCUGAACGAAGAGUUGAUUGUUUGAGACAAUUGAUUAUAACUUUAUUUGAAAGAAAAAAAUUAAUUGACUUAGUAUCAUUCCCUUAUGUUGAUAUGUACGAAGAUUUAGAAAGAAUAGUUGAAGGCAGAGCUAGAAGUGUUGAUUUAAUGGCAAAUAAUUAUUAUAAUUUCUUAUAUAGUUUUCAUGUAAAUAAAGGGAAUAUGAGGAAAGCCGCAUCUGUGAUGUAUGAACAAUCAAUGCGUUUAAGUCAAGAGUCUCAUACUGCUCCGAUUAUAUUGAGACAAGCACAAUGUUUAUUAGCAUGUAUUAAUGCAUUACAUUUGGUGAGUGAAAAAUACAGAUGGAUCGUUAGACCCGUAAUCGAACAAAGUUUCAUAGAAGAUACAAGUCCCCAUAGAAAAAGAAGUAUAGAGGGUGAAGAGAUAUUACAUUAUAAAAUAAAAAAACAGGUUGAAGUUUUGGAAUUGGCUGAUAUUAAGAAAGAAUAUUAUAUAGUUGAUGCCAAAUUGAAAUUAUCUAAGAUGAAAUCAGAAACUCAUAUCAUUGCACACGCAAGUCCAUCUGAACUUAUUGUUGUUUUAUCGAGCAUUGGAUUAUAUACAACUGCUUUACAUUUAUGUGACAUGUUCAAACUACCUAAAAAUUCAAUAUUUGAAAGUUUGACAUCUCAAUGCAUAAGAUUAUGUCAACAUGAAGAUCCCAAAGCUUGGGACUGGCUUGUACAAAAUGAUAUCUUUGAUAUGAGUAUAAGUAAUUCAAAUAUUAUAAAUACUGCGUGGAGUUUGUUAAAAUAUCUUUUGGAAAAACACGAAAAAGAUAGUAGUACUGAUCUUCAUAAAUCUAUUUCUCGGAAAUUACUUCAAGAUGGUGCAUUUUUACCAGAAUGGUUAUUAAUGUCGUAUAAGAAAAGAAAUUCUGCUGAAUUACUUAGACUGAUGAUAAAUACAGGUCGUCUAUUGGAAGCAUGUCAGUUGGCAGUAGAUUACAUUAAUGCAGUUUUAGGUUGUGGAAAAGAAUAUUUCGGAUUAGAAACUUCAUUAUUGGCUACUUCUCCACCAGUUUGGUUACCAUUUAAUACAUUGGAAGUUCUAUUAUUUGAACUUAAACUUGCAAGCGAGGAAGAUUUACUUUAUGUUGAGAGUUAUCGAACGUUGCAAGAUACGCUGGAUAAUUACAUUAAAAUUUUGAACCGUGUUUCAGAAGAUAUGAUACGUAUCAAAAUGUAUAAUAAAUGUUAACAAAGAAAGCAAACCUUCAUUAUCCGCAGACUGUUCUUCGUCACUGGUCCUGUUUCCUGUCAUGUAUAUAUUGUUAAUAUCAAUGUC